AUGGUCUUGUCUCAUGUGGACCAUUCGUCGCCGAGUACAUGGAAUGCCGAGAAUGCAAUCCGUGAUAUGCAAGACUCAUUCAAAGACUGGGAUCCAAAGCUGUUCAAGGUGAUCAAGAUGAUCAAGAGUACUCUCAAAUGGCCGCUGAUGAGCGGCAGCCGUCUCCAAACUUGGAUCUCAAGAAGUCAAAAGCUUCUGAUUCUUGGAGACGCGGCUCAUGCAAUGGUACCCUACAUGUCCCAAGGUGCCGCAAUGGCCGUAGAAGACGGCGCUGCUCUAGCCACAGCAAUCUCAAAGAUCAAGCACAAGGACCAAGUCGCAACAGCCCUGCGAGUCUUUGAGAAGGAAAGAAUGAGUCGAAGUUACGGCAUGCAGUCUGCAAGCUUAGUAAACGGGAAGCUAUGGCACUUUCCAGACGGCCCCCUACAACAGGCUAGGGAUCUUGGAAUGAGGGCUGAGGUGGAAGGGCGGCCAUUUGUUGAGAGCACAAAUCAGUGGAGUGACCCCGUAACUCAGCUUUGGGCCUAUGGGUAUGAUGCCGAGGAUGCUAUUGAGGAGCUCUGGCAGAGCGAGGGUGUAUAG